GCGAGAGUUGUACGACAGGCAGAAUCUUUUAUAAAAAUAGAAAACCAUCUUGAAUAUUCCAAAUCUCGCAUCUUCUCUUCCUUUCAUGCUCGGAGAGAAUGGGGAGGAGGAGGGACGCAACGGCCGAGAUCGCAGGAAAGGAAAACGAAGAGAGCCUCUCGACGGAGCAGAUCUUCGAGUCGAAAGAAGUGCCGUCAUGGAAGAACCAGCUGACGUUCAGGGCGUUUGUCGUCAGUGCCGUUUUGGCCUUCUUCUUCAGUUUUAUUGUGAUGAAGCUGAAUCUAACGACUGGGAUCAUUCCUUCUCUCAACGUAGCCGCUGGCCUUUUAGGAUUCUUCUUCGUGAAGACUUGGACUAAGGUUCUUGAGAAAACGGGGCUCUUGCGUCAGCCCUUCACGAGGCAGGAGAAUACCGUCAUUCAAACGUGCGUCGUUGCAGCUUCUGGAAUCGCUUUCAGUGGUGGCUUUGGAAGUUACAUGUUUGGGAUGAGCGAGACCAUUGCAUCUCAAGCAGGAGAUGGCAAUACCCCUGUGAACGUUAAGAAUCCCUCACUGGGUUGGAUGAUUGGGUUCCUCUUUGUUGUUAGCUUCGUUGGCCUCUUCUCGGUCGUUCCCUUGAGAAAGAUCAUGAUCAUAGAACAUAAGCUGAUCUACCCGAGUGGGACUGCAACUGCUCACCUCAUCAACAGUUUCCAUACUCCACAAGGAGCCAAGCUAGUAAAGAAGCAAGUGUCUGCACUUUUCAAAACCUUCGGUUUUAGUUUCUUCUGGGCCUUCUUCCAGUGGUUCUUCACUGCUGGCGACGAUUGUGGUUUUUCUGCCUUUCCUACAUUUGGUCUCAAAGCAUAUGCGCACAAAUUCUACUUCGAUUUCUCUGCUACUUAUGUUGGUGUUGGGAUGAUUUGCCCUUAUAUAGUCAACGUAUCUUUGCUUGCUGGGGCUAUUCUUUCAUGGGGUAUCAUGUGGCCUCUCAUAGAGGCUAAGAAGGGUGAUUGGUUCAGUGCAAAACUCAGCCCCAGCAGUCUCCAUGGUCUACAAGGAUACAAGGUCUUCAUCUCCAUUGCUGUGAUUUUGGGCGAUGGCCUCCUUCACUUCUCUGUUGUCCUUUUUAAAACCAUCCGUGGCAUCUGUGCAAAGAGGACGAGGAAAGAUUCUUCAGCUAUUCUUCCAGAUGCAGUCACCUCAUCUCCUGAUGACUCAUCCUACAUCAGCUAUGACGACCAACGUCGCACAGAGCUCUUCCUAAAAGACCAGAUUCCCAACACCUACGCCUUCAUUGGCUAUGUCAUCCUUGCCAUUAUUUCCAUCAUUACAGUCCCACACAUCUUCCCCCCGCUGAAAUGGUACCAUGUCCUGGUCACAUACUUCAUCGCGCCAGUCAUGGCCUUUUGCAACUCUUAUGGGUGCGGCCUUACCGACUGGUCGCUCGCUUCCAGCUAUGGGAAGCUUGCAAUCUUCAUCUUUGGCGCAUGGAUUGGCAUGAACAGCGGUGGAGUUCUCGCAGGCCUUGCAUCGUGCGGUGUCAUGAUGAGCAUUGUUUCUACUGCAUCUGAUCUAAUGCAGGACUUCAAGACCGGCUACCUGACGCUCGCAUCACCACGCUCCAUGUUCAUCAGCCAAGUCAUUGGAACUGCCAUGGGAUGUGUCAUUGCACCAUGUGUAUUCUGGAUCUUUUACAAGGCCUUCCCUCUUGGAGUGGAUGGCAGCGAUUACCCAGCCCCAUAUGCGACCGUCUACCGCGGCAUUGCUCUUCUUGGGGUCGAGGGCGUCUCUUCCCUCCCCAAGAAUUGCCUCACCCUCUGCCUGGCCUUCUUCGUCGGCGCAUUCUUCCUGAGUGGGGCCCGAGAGGCUGCAAAGCAUUACAAACUAAGGGUGUAUUAUUACAUGCCGAGUGUAAUGGCAAUGGCCAUUCCUUUCUACUUGGGCAGCUACUUUGCGAUCGACAUGUGCUUGGGGAGCUUGAUUUUGUUCAUCUGGGAGAAGAGCAACAAGAAGCAUGCUGAUGCGUUUGCGCCGGCAGUGGCGUCGGGCAUGAUCUGCGGCGAUGGGAUUUGGUCGCUGCCAGCUUCGAUCCUUGCACUGGCUAAGGUGAAGCCACCCAUUUGCAUGAAGUUCCUGUCGAGGUCUACCAAUGCUAAGGUGGAUGGUUUCUUGAGUGGCUGAGUUGCUGCAAUGAGUUGGAGAUGGGUUUGGUUAAUUAGCUGGGGUCUGUGUAUAUAGGUAUACAGUGUGGUGUUUUUAAUUUCUUGGGAUUUUAUUCUAUAUAUGGUUUUGGCUUGAUUGGGGUGUAGGCAGAGAGACCUUGAGAAAAGUGUGAUGUUCUACUAGAUUUGGAUGCUUAAGCAAACAUUAAAGACUACGAAUUUAUCUCUACUAAACCAUUUUUGCC